CCUCGCAAAGCCGUGCAAGAAAAUACGUACGUGUAGGCCUUAUCCUCUUCCUCAUCAACCCACUCCACCGAGUCUCAGAUAAUCAUCACGCCGGAUUUUAUCAUCAUAUCAUAUAAUUUUUCUUCUCCUACGAACAGGCUUCUUUAUCCCGUCCCGCGCGCAUUCCCCUCCGGCUACGACUCGUCAUUCUUAUCCUCUUGCUCCCCCGUUACCUUUAUAGACCCCGCAUUCCCCACAUUGUCUUCUCCACACGCCGUUCUGCUGGGUGCUGCAAGUCUGUCGUUGCGCUGCGUCGAUCGUUUGGUGCGUGCGCUGCGUUCGUGUGAUCGGGAGAUCGGGAGAUGGAGGCCUUCGUCUUGUUCCCGCGGAGCGACGGGAGGAUGGGGGCGGCCGCCUGCGAGAAGCAGCUGGAAGAGGAGGAAGAGGACAUCGGGUGUCCGUCGGAGUCCGAGACAUCGGCGAUGGAUCCCUUUUCGUCUUCGUCGGAGGAGCUUGAUGAUGACGCGACCUCGAGCUCGUCGGGAUCGACAGACAACUUCGAGAUGUCGUCGCUCAUGUCGCAGCUCCCGCUCAAGAGGGGGCUGUCCAAGUUCUUCGACGGCAAGUCGCAGUCGUUUGCGUCGCUCGCGGCGGUGGGCGGCCUGGCCGAGGACCUGGCCAAGCCGCCGCUGCAGAAGCGGCUCAAGACGUCGCGGAGCUGCGGGGUCGGGCUGCAGGACGCGCACCGCAGGCGCUUCUCGCGGCCGUCGCGCCGCUGCCACAACAGCAAUGCCGCCAACGCGGGAUUCAAGAAGGUGUCCAGGGGACGGAUCUCCUUGCUCGGCGGCAGCGCGGCGGCGCCGAGCGGGCUGACGCUCCGGCCGGUGGCGGCGAGGGCAGAGGGGUUGCCCGGGCGAGGAGCUCUGCUGUUUGCUUAGAAGAUUGUUGACCCACAGGCCACAGAUCACAUCCGUCGAAGUGUCGCUUGUCGCGUGUUCUGAACUCUCUGAUAAGAGUAGGGUGCGGUUGUUCCGUGGAUUUUGACACGGCAAUGACCCGGGGGGGAAACGUUAUGUAAAUAGAGAACUGAGCAAAAACACGUUGUGCAGAUCUGUUCUGUUGCGCUCAGUUUCAUCACCAGUGCAUUAUACUUGUCAGAUUUCAUAUCAAAGAUCACUCUGAUCUCUAAAUA